UUUAUUGAAUAAUUUGUCCAUAGAAUAGAUCCACGGUACUCGGACUGGAUUUCCAAACUAUGCAGGAUAUCUUGUUGGUAUCUUGACAAGAAGUUCGUGGCUUACAUAAUUCAAUCACGUGAACUUAACCGGGUACGCAGACCAGGGAGACCAAACUCGACAUGUUGGACUGUAGCUUAAGAUUAAUUCUACCAUAAACAUCUUAUAUUUAGCCUGACAAUGGACCCUAGAUACAGUGCCCAGGAUGUUGUACGCUGUACCCUGUGUAAAAUUUCUGUGGCUCCUAUGUACUGCGACAUUUGUCUCAUACAUCUAUGCGAGGGUUGUAUUGAGAAACAUACUUCUGAUGCAUCAAAGUAUCAUAAAGUGAUGCCACUCAAAAAUAUAGAAUCCACCUCAGAUUAUCCAAAAUGUCAAAACCACUCCACGAAACCCUGUGAACUUCACUGUAAACAAUGUGACAUUCCCGUUUGUAUCAAAUGUGUGUCUUUUAAAGAACACAAAGGUCAUGAUUUUAUCGAGAUGGUGAAACAACUUGCAAUUAAGAAGAAAAUCUUAAUUAGAGAUUUACUAGAAUUGGAAGACUCCAUUUUCCCAAAAUAUCAAGAAGUUGCAUUAUCACUACCCGUCCAUGUGGCUGAUGUAUUUCAAAAUGCUGAUAAACUCACAUCAGCUAUCAACAGACAUGGGGGAGACCUGCACAGAGAAAUAGACGCAAUUAUCACGACAAUGAAAUCUGAUCUUGAGGAAAUGAACUCAAACUAUUUGACUUUCCUUGGUAAAUAUGAAGUUGAAAUCACAAGCACGAUAUCUGAAAUCACUAAGAGCAUUGAUGGUCUAAAGAAAUUACUAGACUCGAAAGAUAUUUGUCUUGUCUCUGCCUACAAAUCCCGAAAUACUGAAUUUAGAAAACUGCCUCCAAAAAUCAAAGUAACCUUGCCCAGUUUCACCAGUCACAUAAUCAACAGAGAGCAGAUUUAUAACCAGUUUGGCGUUCUGUCAGUUCUAUAUUUCACAGAAGAAGAACAAGCCCAUACAGUAGAGGCAAUAAGAGCUGAGUCAUCUUCUACUAGCAUACCCCUGCUAGACGAACCGACCAUCAUUUCAGCUCUAAACACUGGGUAUACUUCACUUUAUAAUGUUGCUUGUUUGGGAGAUGAUAAAAUCUGGACUAGUGGCACUGACAACAUUAUGAGACUCUACACCCUCAAGGGGCAAUUGAAGAAGUCAAUCCAGACAAAGACAAAAGACUGGCCAGAAGAUAUAACAACAACAACGAAUGGGGAUCUAGUAUAUAUCGAUUCUACGGAAAAAACGGUCAAUUUGGUGAAGAAUGCAUCGAUACAGACAGUGAUCCAGCUACAGGGAUGGAGACCCCUCAAUGUCUGCAGUUCCUCCACUGGUGACUUGCUUGUUGUCAUGGAUUUGGACAGUGAUUAUGAUUUAAAACAGACAAAAGUUGUGCGUUACUCAGACUUCACCGAAAAGCAAUGUAUUCAGUUCAAUGAGAGAGGGGAAGCUUUCUACUCAUUUGGUGUCAAUAAAUACAUCAAUGAAAACAGGAACCUAGAUAUAUGUGUUGCUGAUUGUGCCGCCAAUGCAGUAGUAGUGGUAAAUCAGGCUGGUAAACUGCGGUUUACCUAAGUUGGACAUUCCUUCUCUACAACAUAUACGAAGGGAACAUUUACGCCGGUCGGCAUCACUACAGAUGGUAAGGGUCGGAUCCUGAUAGCAGACGUCGACAACCACCUUAUCCACAUCUUGGAUCAGGAUGGACAGUUCCUCCGCUACAUUGACAGCUGUGAUUUACACAAUCCAUGGGGUUUAUCGAUGGACACCAAAGACAAUCUUUUUGUCGCUGAGCGUGGCACAAGAAAGGUGAAGAAAAUCCAAUACAGCGUGUAACUGUGUGUACAUAAUUAUAUAACUGACAAAAAAACUGUAAUUGUGUACUGUGGUUUCAUCAAUACAUUUGGACACCGAUCUCAAGAAUUUUUUCUUUUGUGGAACCUUGAACUAAAAUGUUCAACGAAAUAUAAAAUGUGAGGACACAUGUUAAUGACAACACAAGUGUCAAGAAAUUAACCUAUCCUUGAAAAGUAAAAUAUAAUUAAUCCGCAAAAAUUUCUGCCCUGAAAUGUUAAUGGAAUCACAAUAACUGUACAUAUGCAAAAGACUGCUUUUAUGAUGUGUAUAUAUUGAACCAGAGCUCUAAGUGUUUAUCUAGUUUUUUCCCUUUUUGUAUGAAUAGGCACAAUCAUGUACAAUCUUUUAUUCAUUAUUAAUGGUUAAUAUUGUUUGAAACCUCAUUAGUCUUAAGUGCAUACACCCUCUGAAAUGAUAACCCUCACAAUAAAAACCAUAACACCAGAAAAUUGGUAAGAUAAAUGACCCCCUUUAGCUAUUUACAGUACCGAUCAGACCCAACCUAACUUCAGAGUAAACCCCAACUAAACCCUGGGUUUACUUUUGGGGUUUACUUUGGGUUUACUAUGGGUUUACUUUUUGAAAAUUUGGGUCCUCUCAGGGUUUACUUUGGGUUUACUCGGGGUUUACUUUGGGUUUACUUGAAAAUUGCUUUUUUGGUCAACUGUGCGCACUGAAGUGUGAAACAGACCUGCGAUUCAUCUUACAAUCCUACUGCCUGUAAUUCCUGCCCCUUGUGUAUUCCGAAUACACAGUUAGCGUCUGCUUUCAGGGGUGUACUUCUCAUCAGGGUUUACUCUCUGUAUCCACUCUUGGUUUACUUUGGCUUUACUCUGAGUCCACUCUAGUAAACCCGAAGUAAACCCAGAGUAAACCCAAAAAGUAAACCCAGGGUUUAGUUGGGGUUUACUUUCUGUUAUGUUGGGUCUGAUCGGUACUGUAUAUCUGCAUGACAACGUCGCCUCAUGGAUACAAUGUACCUUUGAAUCGUAUGUGGCCUACUAGUAUGUGCUGCCAAACUGUUGUACAAAUUUUUAUAAAUUGCAACACCCUUUUUUUAUUACCAUCGUGACUUUGUAGCUUUAUUUUGUUUUCAUUUACCAAAAGGACAUUUGUCCAGUCAGCUCUGAUUGAUAUAAGAUGCCAGACAUACGAUUAAGUAAGUACUUUAUCUAUUUUACUUCAGGCGCUUAAAUCGACUUCUUUUAGGCAGUAUUAGAUUGCUUG